AUGAAUUCUGAUUCGAGCUCUGUCUCCAGCAGAGCUUCAUCGCCGGACAUGGAUGAGAUGUAUCUGAGGGAACACCACCACCGUCACCACCACCACCAGGAGAGCCGUCUCAACUCGGUCUCCUCCACGCAGGGCGACAUGGUGCAGAAGAUGCCCGGAGAAAGCCUCUCGCGGGCUGGCGCCAAGGCCACGGGCGAGAGCAGCAAGUACAAAAUCAAGAAGCAGCUGUCGGAGCAGGACCUACAGCAGUUACGGCUGAAGAUCAACGGCCGCGAGCGCAAGCGGAUGCACGACCUAAACCUAGCCAUGGACGGGCUGCGCGAGGUCAUGCCCUACGCGCACGGGCCCUCGGUGCGCAAGCUCUCCAAGAUCGCCACUCUCCUGCUGGCCAGAAACUACAUCCUCAUGCUCACCAGCUCCCUGGAGGAGAUGAAGAGGUUGGUUGGCGAGAUCUACGGGGGCCACCACUCUGCCUUCCACUGCGGGACCGUGGGCCACUCCGCCGGCCACCCGGCACACGCCGCCAACGCCGUGCACCCGGUGCACCCCAUCCUGGGCGGCGCGCUCUCGUCCGGCAACGCCUCGUCCCCGCUGUCCGCCGCCUCGCUGCCGGCCAUCGGCACUAUUCGACCUCCCCACUCGCUGCUCAAGGCGCCCUCCACGCCGCCGGCGCUGCAGCUGGGCAGCGGCUUCCAGCACUGGGCCGGGCUGCCCUGCCCGUGCACCAUCUGCCAGAUGCCGCCGCCGCCGCACCUUUCCGCUCUCUCCACCGCCAACAUGGCUCGGCUGUCGGCCGAGUCCAAGGACUUGCUCAAGUGA